GGGGAAAGGACCAGCUAUAAAGGGCGUGAGAAUCGAGGGUUGGGCAUCACAGUGUCCUCCUCUUUCCCGCCGUCAUGCAGUGGAAGUUAUUUGUUCUCCUCGGCUUCGUUGCCAUGGUAACCGCCCGCCCCGAUAGCAUCCUCGAUCUCGUCUUCGAUUCCUUCAGUCACGACCAAGACUUCGACGACCAGAAAGUGUUCGGAUCCUACAGCUGGCGGACUCCCGACGGCGCUGAGUACUUCGUGAAAUACGUUGCUGACGAUGACGGCUACAGAGUCCUCGAGUCCAACGCCGUCCCCGUGAGUGUGGGCGGAGUCUUCGCUAACGGGCAGCAGGGGGCGUUCCUCUCCUCGGAAGAGUUCGAUUUCGAUGAUAGGAAGUGAGGGAGUGGAGGGAGAAGGAGGAAGGAAGAGAGAGAGAG